AUGCAAGAGGGUGACGAGUACAAGACCGCCUUCCGCUGUCAACUUGGCCUCUUCGAAUUCCUGGUGGCACCUUUCGGCCACAUCAACUCUGGCGCCUGCUUCCAGAGAUUCAUCGCUUCUCUUCUCCAAGGUAUUAUCGGUGUUGUUUUCUACCUCGAUGACAUCCUCAUCCACUCCGACACUCUCGAGAACCACGUCCCUCUCGUCCGCCGUGUUUUUACAAUUCUGCGCGACAACCAGCUCUAUGUCAAGCUGGAAAAAUCUGUCUUCCACUCCGACUCGGUGCUCUUCCUUGGCUACAUCGUUUCCAAGGAUGGCGUCAAGAUCGAUCCUGCCAAGCUUUCUGCAGUCCUCAACUGGCCGGUGCCCGAAACUGUCCACGCCGUCCAGAAGUUCCUCGGCUUUGCCAACUACUACCGUCGUUUCAUCAAGAACUUUUCCGGUGUGAUUACUCCCAUCACCAAGCUCCUCGGCAAGGAUGUCCCUUUCAAGUGGACACCCGAAUGCGACUCUGCUUUUGCCUUCCUCAAGCACUCUUUCACCUCCGCGCCCGUCCUCGCCUAUCCUGACCCCUCCAAGCCUUUCAUCCUCGAGACCGAUGCCAGCGACUUUGCUCUCGGUGCCAUUCUGUCCCAGCUCGAUGACAAUGGCGUUGCGCAUCCCGUUGCCUUCCAUUCCCGCAAAUUCACUGGCUCUGAACUCGCGUGGAACAUCUACGACAAAGAGCUCUGUCCCAUUGUCGAGUCCUUCAAGGUCUUCCGGCACUACCUCCUCGGCGCCAAGGUUCCUGUCAAGGUGAUUACCGAUCACAAAAACAUCGAGUUCUGGUCUACCGCUCGUCUCCUCAACCCGCGCCAGACCCGUUGGGCCCAAGUGCUCGCCGAUUUCUUCUUCCUCGUCUACCACCGCGCUGGUACCCUCCAUACUCUUCCUGACGCUCUCUCUCGUUCCUCUUCGACGGGGGUGGGUGACCCCAAGGUCAAGACUCCGACCACCAUGUUUCCCGAGAAACUCCUCAUUGCCGUCAUGUCCGACGACUUCCUGUCCCGCGUCCGUCAGGCUUUAGCGACCGACAUUCUCGCACUCGAGAUCGCUGAAGAUCCUUCCCGCUUCCCCAAGUUCACCACAAAGGAUGAUCUCCUUUACUUCAAGUCGGCCUUGUACAUUCCUGACUCGGCCGAUCUCCGUUCUCUUGUCCUCGAGUCCCGCCACGACAGCUAUGCUGCCGGUCACUUUGGCAUCCGCAAGACCAUCGAGUUAGUCCAGCGUGACUACUACUGGCCCAAGAUGCACGAUACGAUCCAGCACUAUGUCGAAUCGUGCGAGACCUGUAUCCGCAGCAAAACUUCCUCUCACAAGCCCUAUGGCCUCCUCAAGCCUCUCCCCAUUGCCGAGCACCCCUGGAAAUCCAUCUCCAUGGAUUUCAUCACCCAGCUUCCCCCUUCCAACUCCUUUGAUGCAAUCUGCGUCGUCGUCGACCGCCUGACCAAGAUGGCCCACUUCAUGCCCUGUACCACGAGAAUCAACGCUCUCGGCACCGCCGAUCUCCUGAUCCGCCGCGUCUUCCUUUACCACGGUCUCCCUGACGAUAUUGUGAGUGAUCGUGGCAGUGUUUUUGUUUCUCACCUCUGGAAUCAUCUCUUCACAAGCCUCAACACCAAGAUCAACCUGUCCACGGCCUAUCAUCCCCAGUCCGACGGCCAGACCGAGGCCAUCAACCGCAUCCUCGAGCAGUACCUUCGCUGCUUCAUCUCUGCUGGCCAGGACAACUGGUCCGAUCUCCUUCAUCUCGCCGAGUUUGCCUACAACUCUUCCGUCCAGUCUUCUACCGGUGUUUCGCCCUUCCAUGCAAACUUUGGUUUCAACCCGCGUUUCGAUUUUUCUCCCGCUUUGACUCCUUCUCCCGAUGCUACCAGUCUCCUCGCGCACAUUUCCGAUGUGCAAGCCAAUGUCCGUGACCACCUCAAGUCUGCUGUGUCUGCUUACACCAAGCAUGCGAACAAGCAUCGCAUCCCUCCUCCGGAUUUUCAAGUUGGCGAUCAAGUUCUCCUCAGCACUUCCAACAUCCGCUCUCUCAACAAGCUCCACCCCAAGUGGAUUGGUCCCUUUCCCAUUGCUUCCAAGGUCAACGAUGUUGCCUUUACCCUGUCUCUGCCCUCUGACCUCAAGAUCCAUCCGACCUUCCACGUUUCACUUCUGAAACAGUUCCGUUCCAGCUCUGGCUCCUCUCGCCCUCAGCCGUUCCCCUACUCUGAGAUCGUUGAUGGCGAAAUCCUUUACAAGGUUUCCGACAUUCUCGAUGUCGAGCGUCGCGGUGAUGAUUUCUUUUAUCUGUGCCGCUGGGAAGGAUUCAGCCCUUCCGACACAACUUGGGAACCCUUGUCCCAGUUGUCCAACCUCCUGGUCCUCGUCCGCGAUUUCCAUCGCAAGUUUCCUCGCAAGCCCAAGCCCGCUGCCCGGCUUCUCCAUUCCUGA